AUGCUGAGCUGCUCUUUUUGGGUUGAAUCAGUUGUGCCCAUAUUCAAGUAUCUUGGUGCCUCAAACAACCUCAUUGUCUUCAGCUGGUGUGAGUCAAUGGUGUUAUCGCACAGCAAAUCCCAAAUCAUACCAGACACAUGGAAGAAUGAUACCGACAAGUUGUUUGCCGAAGGUGUGGGCAGGAAUGGCGAUACUGAAAUGGUGCUCAUGGAGUUCUCGCCUUCGGCAACAGUGACAAAAACCACAUCAGAAGCAUCGACAGCAGCUGAAUCAAUAGCGAGAUAG